AUGUCCGCGGAGGGCGGCGGCUACUCGCCGUGUCCGGCGGAGGCGCUGCCGGAGCUGAGCGCUGCCGAGCUGGCGAUGAGCCUAUCGCCAAAAUCGGCCCUGCUGCAGCAGAACCUCUCCCAGCUGCAGCUCCAGCACUCCACGCCGUUUUCUGUCACCGACAUCUUAUCGCCUAUCGAGGAAUACCGCAAGUUGGAGCUCGCGAACAACCCGCCGUCGCCGUACAGGUCCAACUCAUCAGGCAGCAGUAUCAACUCGCCCCUGGGACCUGCGGCCUCUUGCGGCAUGGCAGCGAACCCGUACGCAGUGCCCCUGUACGGGGGUGCUCCGGUGCAGGGUUACGGCUGCGCCCCCGCAGACCUGCCUCAUUACGGAGACAUGCGAGGUGCCAGCUGGUAUCCCGCCUCCAACGACCCCAGGUUUGCCAUUUCCAGGCUGAUGACGUCGACGUCCGGCGGCAUGGGCCACGUGAACAACAUGGGCGGGCUGGCAGCGUGCGCGGGGCCCGAUGCCAAGCCCAUGCAGUUCCCGCUCGCGCAGCGGCGGAAAAGAAGGGUGCUGUUCACGCAGGCGCAGGUCUAUGAACUGGAGCGACGGUUCAAGCAACAGAAAUAUCUGUCAGCGCCAGAGCGGGAGCAUCUAGCCUCACUCAUCCACCUCACGCCAACGCAGGUCAAGAUAUGGUUCCAAAACCAUCGCUACAAGUGUAAACGGCAGGCGAAAGAAAAGGCAAUGGCAGAGCAAAAUCAACACAAUCAGUCAUCGUCGUCACCGAGACGAGUGGCUGUCCCGGUCCUGGUGAAGGACGGGAAGCCGUGCGGGUCUGGUGAGUCAUCGUCUCCGGCACACAGUCACUGCGCUACCCCGACCUCUGGGUACAGUGCGCCCCAGCCGUCGCAGGCGGCCUGCAGUAACCCGCUAGUGUCGUCCUACCGUCAACCUACCGCCUACCAGCAGCAGUGCUCCGGCUAUCUCCCGCUACAGGGUAGGGCCUGGUAG